AUUAUCGUUCUGAACGGACUUGCAAUUUUACCAUAUCGAGUUAACUCGAACAAUAGCUUCAUUUGAGACGAAAGUUGGCACAUUUUAUAUAUUUUAGUUGCUGGUGCCACUAACCUGCACUCAUUACGCAGCAUUAGUUGCGUCAUUAGUCACAAUACUGGCGCGCAACAAAACGACGCAAAUGGCUUAAGGGAAACGAGCAACAAAGCUUGUUGAUAUUAUAGUUAAUACAAAGCCACCAGAAGAGAAAACAAAGAAAAGGGACUGAAAGAGACUCAGUUUGCACACCUGCUUUCCAACUACCACGCUCGCGCAUGCGCCUAAACACACACACAGAGAGAGAGAGAGAGAGAGAGAGAGAGAGAGAGAGAGAGAGAGAGAGAGUAUGGGAAAGUGAGGGAAAGAGUGCAAAAGGAAGAUUGGGGGCUCUGAGGAUGGAGAGAGAAAGAGAGAGGGGGGUUUAAAACGUCAGCGCGUGUAGGAGCCCUGCUGCCAGUUUGCAUGUACUGAUAUGUGCGACCCUCGAGGAGUUUGUGCACUGGUCAGGCUCGCGCACUGGGAUCCUAACUGUCACCAGCACAUAAAAGCGCGGCUAACGGUGAUGAUUCCCCUCACACAGCAACACGAAUCGGAGCUAAGUGUACGCAGAUGGCAGCGAAGAAGUAUCCUGUCAGUUUCCAGACACCUUUGGAUGUGACACUCUCCAAGUAGCGGAGUUUACCGUGACAAACAGCAGGUGGGAUUCCACUCAGAGGAGAGCUCGUGCUUGACUUUAUGUUGGACAUGGGACCGGGUCUCGACUGUUUUGGAUACGGUACCAGAGGAACCGCGUCUUCUUGAACGGAGAGCUGUCGACAGACAGGACAUCGACGAGAUGCGCUCCGACCACGGCUUCAUUCUGCUGCUCCUCAACGGGACAGCUUGCUUGUUGGCUCUAGGACAGGAAGAUACCCACUCGUUAUCUUCUUCCUUCUCCUCAUCUACGUCUAAGUCCUCCUCCUCAGCAGACUCCUCAAAAACUCUGGGGGUUCUGGGAUCUCAGGGCUCGAUUUCACCCCUGAGUCGCUGGGUGAUGCACAGCCGCAACCGUGCUGCCAACACUUCCACAAUGGAGCUCCCCUAUCGAUCGCCGGAGCCCUUUUCCAAACAGGAAUUUUGGGAAAUGCUAGGCAGCGAUCUCCUGAAAUCUGACACGGAUGCAUCAGGGAACCCGCGUGUCAAGCGGCACCCACCGAUCGUCAAAACUGGCAAAUUUAAGAAAAUGUUUGGCUGGGGUGACUUCUACUCCAACAUCAAAACGGUGCGCCUCAACCUGCUUAUCACGGGUAAGAUAGUGGAUCACGGGAAUGGCACCUUCAGCGUCUACUUCCGUCACAAUUCCACCGGUCAGGGGAACAUCUCAGUGAGCCUGGUACCUCCAGUGAAGGCAGUGGAGUUUGACUUGGAGCGCCAGAGUGUGGUCUAUCCUAAAGACUCAAAGAUCUUCAACUGCCGCGUUGACUACGAGAAGGUGGACCGUAGCAAACGCACAUCGCUCUGCAACUAUGACCCCUCCAAGACCUGCUUCCAGGAGCAGACACAGAGCCACGUGUCCUGGAUCUGCUCCAAACCCUUUAAGGUCAUUUGUAUCUACAUUUCCUUCUACAGCACAGACUACCGUCUGGUGCAGAAAGUCUGUCCAGACUAUAAUUACCACAAUGAGUUGCCCUACCUGCCCUCAGGCUAGAGCUUUGUGGAGCAAUUGACUGGGGCAAGGAGGAUUGGUUGGGGGAGGGGGGGGGUUGGUAUACAAAGGAACAGAUAUAUAAUGGAUGUGAAGAUGAAUGCGAAAUGCUGAUUUAGGAGGUUUUUUUUGAAGGAUGCAGAAGUCCUUAACUAAAGACUCUUCAGAAACUUAUCAUUGAGCUGAUAUGGAACACCCCCCUCAUGACCUGAACAUCAAAGUUGGUUCUCUAAAAGGUAUAAUUGGUAGCACUUUGAAUGCUACUUACCCACAAAGCUGGCUGCAAAUCUGUCAAUACCCACACACAACACAGUCCCCUACAGGAACAGAUACCAUUAUAUCCUGGGAAAAUGUCUCCAAAACAACUCAGAAUCUCCCUCUGACUGCAGAAGAGGGAAAAGGAGACUACACUGUCACGCACUGCUGGGCGUUGCCAAGGCAAGGAUAAAAGUUGAAGUGGAAGAACUCUUCAGUUGUCAUAGCGACAGGAUCUUUGGCUGGCCUGUCGGGUUUGGAUGGAGCAUCGGACACCUGGUCAAUCCGGAGAACCAGAACUGAGCUAGCAGCCUCUGUAAGCAACAAAUUGUAUAAUGAAAUGCAGUACAACAUACUGAACAGACAUAUACUGCACAUAAAUAUAUAAAUAAAUGAAUAUUUAUAAAUAUACAUAUGAAAUAUUUAUAUAUAUGAAUACAGAUGUAUACAAUAAUCCAACUCCCUGGAACUGGAUGAAGCUGUAUUUCAUGUCAGACAUACAGUGGACUUUUCUCUGGUUCAUUUGAGGUUUACAGUUUAUUUCUAUAUUUUUACAUUGUUUAUUUUACGUGCGUGUCAUGUUGAUAUAGUGUAUGGAUGACAAUGGUGGCAUUUAUUGUGGUUUUCUGACAUCUGACAAAAAAAAAAAAAGAAAGAGAAAAAGAAUAAAUUAGAAGGAAAGCACUGAGUUUGGCUCCCGAGCUCAGAGUGCUAAAGUGACUGUCGUCUCAGGUCUCGUCUUGUUUUGACUGCUGAUUGACAAAGGGGAUGUCAUGCGCAUGACUUGUAUUCAGUGCCUAUGGCAAGAAGCGGGGA